AUGUCAGUCGACAAACUCCGACCCAACGAUCCUCGAGCCAAAAAGGCUUCAGUGGAAGUCAACGGGCACAGGUGGUACUACCUCGACGCCGCCGCCAAAGGCCAGCAAAAAGGCGUCGUCUUCCUCAUCCAUGGCUUCCCAGAUCAAGCCUUUGGCUGGCGCUACCAAAUCCCCAUGCUCAACUCGCUAGGCCUGCGCUGCAUCGCGCUGCAAUGCAUGGGCUACGGCGACACAGGCAACUCCCCCAACCUGCGCAACUACGGCUUCAAAGCCCACGCCGACGCCGUAGCCGGCAUCGCCAAAGCCAUCGGCGCGCACCAAAUCAUCAUCGGCGGGCACGACUGGGGCGGCGCGGUGAUUUUCCGCGUCGCGCAGUGGUACCCCCGCCUCGUCACGCACGUCUUCUCCGUGUGCACGCCGUUCUUCCGCGUGAAUGAUUCGUACGUUUCGGUGGAGCAGAUGGUGCAAGGGCCUGUGCCGCAGUUUGGGUACCAGUUGCAGUUUGGGAGUGAGGAUUUCAAGGUUGAGAGGGCUGUGGGGGACGAUGAGGGGCGGAUGAGGACGUUUUUGAAGGGGAUGUAUGGGGGACGGCCGAGGGGUGGGGGGAAGUUUAUGACGCCUGAGAGGGGGAUUGAUUUGGGGUUGUUGGAGGAUGAGGUUGCUAUGACGCCUUUAUUGGAUGAGGAGGAAUUCGAAUACACCGUCAAGGAGUACAUGAAGAAUGGGCUAGAAGGCCCCUGCAACUGGUACCGCACGCGGAAGAUCAACUUCGAGGACGACAUGCACAUGCCCGCCGAGCAGAAGAAGGGCAUUCAGCAGCCGACUUUGUUCAUCCAGGCGCUAAGGGACAACGUCCUCACACCAGACCUUGCGAAGGGUAUGGAUAAGGCGAUUCCGAAUCUGACGACAGGCGAGGUGGAGGCGACACAUUGGGCUUUGUGGCACACGCCGCAGGAGACGAAUGAUAUUAUCAAGAGGUGGAUCGAAGGCGUUGUCUUUGGCGGGAAGAGUAAGCUUUGA